CGCCGCGCGCCGCCCCUCCCCCACGGCGCUUUCCCCUAGGCCUUCGCCCCGGCUCGUCGCCCGCGGCUUGGGCUUCCUCAGCUCGGCUGGAGCGUCCUGGCGACUCCUUGUGCCCUAACGUGGUGACUGCAGUUAGCCCCGGGGGCUAGCCCAGCCCGCCGCCGCCUGGGUCGUUCCCGCCUCCUAGGGUUGCCGCGACCGCGCGCCCUCCGGCUGCCUCCUUCACCAGAUUUUCAACUGCUAAUGUUACAAACAACAAAAUAUUGGAGCAUAGAGUUGAGGAAAAGACUUAAACCAGAUUUUUCUUCAGUCAGUUAAAACUAUGGAUCUUGAAUCAGAGGGACCACAGAUUAUCAAAGUGACACCUGUUCAACAAAUGCUUGCCUCUUGCACUGGAGCUAUCCUGACAUCACUAAUGGUGACACCCCUCGAUGUGGUUAAAAUUCGACUCCAGGCUCAAAACAACCCAUUCCCCAAAGGAAAAUGUUUUGUAUAUAGUAAUGGACUUAUGGAUCAUCUAUGUGUCUGUGAAGAGGAAGGCAACAAAGCAUGGUAUAAGAAGCCAGGACGUUUCCAGGGUACAUUGGAUGCCUUUUUUAAAAUCGUUCGAAAUGAGGGCAUUAAAUCCCUGUGGAGUGGCCUUCCCCCUACCUUAGUGAUGGCAGUUCCUGCCACAGUUAUUUAUUUUACCUGCUAUGAUCAAUUAUCUGCUCUUCUGAGAUCAAAAUUAGGAGAAAAUGAAAGUCGUAUACCAAUUAUUGCUGGAAUUGUUGCCAGAUUUGGUGCAGUAACUGUGAUAAGUCCAUUAGAAUUGAUUAGAACCAAGAUGCAAUCUAAGAAGUUUUCUUCCAAAGAAUUGCAUCGAUUUGUCAGCAAGAAAGUGUCUGAAGAUGGUUGGAUUUCCCUUUGGAAGGGCUGGGCUCCUACUAUUCUUAGAGAUGUACCAUUCUCAGCAAUGUACUGGUACAACUAUGAAGUUUUAAAGAAGUGGUUGUGUGCAAAAUCUGGUCUAUAUGAACCAACAUUUAUGAUCAACUUUACUUCAGGGGCAUUGUCUGGUUCUAUUGCAGCUGUUGCAACUUUGCCAUUUGAUGUGGUAAAAACACAAAAGCAGACACAACUUUGGAUAUAUGAAAGUCAUAAAAUUUCUAUGCCUUUGCAUAUGUCAACCUGGGCUAUCAUGAAGAACAUUGUUGCUAAGAAUGGAUUUGCAGGAUUAUUUACAGGCCUCAUUCCCCGUUUAAUUAAAAUUGCUCCUGCUUGUGCCAUUAUGAUCAGUACCUAUGAAUUUGGGAAGACUUUUUUCCAGACUCAAAAUGCUCGAAGACAGCAAUACUAGUGAUGAUAUUUCAACUUGAAAUAACAACCAAAGCCAAAUAAUAAGGUGGAGAGGUUAGGCAAGAACUCUUUCACCGUUAUCUUAACAUGAUUUUAUAUAUUUUACCUUAUAAUUUAAAUGAGCAGUAAUUUCUGCUUUGCCUAUGAAUUAUAACCCUAAUUUUAAAAUAAAUUUUGUUAACUUUUGAGAUAUUGAAAAAGAUAUUCCAGAAAUCACAACCAUUAAAUGUUCAUGUAAAGAAAAGAAAGAUUAUUCCUUAACACUGAAAGUGAUAGUCUCUGAGAGUUUGAUAUUACAGGUUUUGGUGUAAUGUCAUUGGGAAUGUGUCAGAUAUAUCAGAAUAUUUUGAAUUGUAUGCUAAUGAGGUAGAGUCUAGGAAAAAAAAUGCCCAAGUCUUUUAUACACACUUAAAUCACGCACAUAGAUCUUUGAGUACUCUAACAAAGUAGGUAAAUAGAUGGCAGUCUUUAAACAUUUGCAUUUACCAAAUUAUUACUUUAAUUGAAAGGCAUUAGUUUUGUUUUUGUUUUUUUACCUCCUGUUGCUGUUUUAAGGCUUCAUCAUUAUUAGGAUUUCUUCGCCCAAAGGUACAGCUAUUUUAUCUUUAUGAACCAGAAUAUAACUGUUUAUGUGACAAAGAUAUUUUUGGUGACUAAAAGACUGUUUUAUCUACUGUUUCCGCAAGAGAGGAGACUUUACUAAUUAUCUUAAAUGUUUGGCACAGUGAAUCUUGGUUGUGCAAUGGAAAACCACAUUAUAUUUAGAGUAGUAAAAAUAAUGUUAGUUUAGGAAGGGCCUCUGGUUUCAGCCAUCUUAGAUUUCGGUAUCACUUUGUGGAGCUCUUGAGAUCACUUGUAUUUUCUUCUAACACGGAGAUGAUUAUUAUAUUUUAAAUUUUAUUUAUUCAUGAGACACACAGAGAGAGAGAGAGAGGCAGAGACACAGGCAGAGGAAGAAGCAGGCUCCAUGCAGGGAGCCCGACACGGGACUCCAUCCCGGGUCUCCGGGAUCAUGCCCUGGGCUGAAGGCAGCGCUAAACCGCUGGGCCACCUGGGCUGCCCUAACACUGAGAUUAUUAACACAAGCCACAAAAUAUUUCCAAAAUGUUCCUUGAUUUUACACAUUUCAUGUUAAUAUGCUACAUCAAGAGACAAAAGAGGCAGCAGUGGCCUUGAAAGAAAUAGCUUUUAGUCACUGAAGCUUAUACCUGUAGGACUGAAACAAUGGUAUGAUGGUGGGACAAAAACAAUGUUCUCUUUUUUUGGUUUUGACUGAUUUCCUCAGGAGCUAUAUCCUAUAAGAAAAGCACUUUAUUGCAGUCUGUGUGUAUGCUAUGAAAAUGUGAAUUAUUUUUUCCCCCUAAAAUAGGGUAAUAUAGUUAAGUUAAAGAUCUUUGGUGUUGGUAGAGGAAUUAAUGUAUUUUGUAUUAAAGUAGAAAAGAAUUUAUAUGUUUCAUCAGAAAUAAGCUAUAUAGGGUUUAUAUGUAAUCUUUUGUGUUUACUUGAUACUGUGUUGAUUUACCUUAAGUUUGGCAACACACAGAUCUAUAAAAUUCUAUAUAUUUAUAACUUAAAUUUUCAUUACAAUGUUUUAUGCUUUCUUAAAAUUAUCACUGUGCUGCGAGCUUAAUAUUUUCAUAUAAAAUCAUUGUUAAUGCUAUACUUUAUAUAAGAAAGUUUAUCUUGAACACUGUUGUUUAACAGUAUUAAAUUUAAAUUUACCUUUGUUUUGUUAUGCUUCUCUUUGGUAGAAAAGACAAACGUUUAAACUUAUAAUUAUUAAGAAGCAGUCACAUAUUUCAACUUUAUAGAAAUAGAAGAAGGGAGAUUCCAACUGCCCUUCCAUCCCCAAAAAUGGACUGCACUUACGGAAAAUUCUUAGCAUUUAUGCCUAAAAUAAUAAACCAAAUUCCGUAGUAGUUUUUCUACUACAUAUUACAGCCAUUUAUCUGGGUGAAAAGAAGGGUGAAUUGAAACUUUCUCUAUACUCAAGUGGUAAAGAAGCAUUUAUCCUUUAUUUAAGCAAAACAUAUAGUAGCAACUGAAAAGCACUUGGCUAGAAAUUAUGUUUUCAGUGUUUCUGAAAGCAAAUAGUCUAAAUCUGUGUUAAAUUUUCUAACAUAUACAUUUACUUCCUUAUGUGUGUGCACAUUUUUUAAAAAGAUAAUCAAAUAUUACAUGUUUGCCACCUUCCAUAUAAUAGACAUUUGAUUUUUUUGAAAAAGUUGAUAGGGAAGUUAAAAUAAAUUUUACUUUUAAUUCUAGGAAACUAUUUACUAUGCUUAUGUAGCCACAUGACUCUUUUAAAUUCCUCCCUCUUUCCAGAACAUGAAUUCCAGGGAUAUGGGAAAGUUCAGUGUGUCACUUUUUCUUUUUUUUCCAAAGUGAAUUUUUAAAAUAAAUUUUAACCUAUCAAUCAUUCAGCAUCUACUCAGAUCUUUUAUAUGGUAGGCAGUAUAAAAAGCACUAAAGAUAAGAAGUGCUUCAUUCAGAUACUGUCACUGGCUACAAGGAGAUGGCAAAGCUGUGAUUGACUUGAGGUCUGCAAGGGGAGCAGUGGGAAGGCUGAGGAAUUCUCCACAGAGUUGGGGGCAGAGAGGGAGUGUCAGGAAAUGUUUCUAAGGUUAGGACAGGUGAUUGAAUUAAACAUACCUGGAGGUGGGAGUUUCAAUCAGUCAAUGGAAUUUAGUCCCAGAGGAAAAAAAAACAGGAAGGCAACAGGAAACCAAGUAUUUUUGCCACAGCUCUAAUAAUUAUAGAGUUGGGUCUGAUGAUUUUUUUUCCCCAAGACCAGCAUUUUUUUUUAACUGAAAAGAAAAUAGGGUAGCACAGUUUAGCACAGCACAGAAAACACCAAAAUGUGUCACAUGUAGUAAGGCUAAGUCUUAUGUAGUGAAUUUGGGUUUAGUUGGGUUUUAGAGAAAUAAUCUCCAGUAUGGAAAAUGAGGACAUACAGUAAGGAUUGAUUGGUUUGGACCAGAAUAGACUUUGAAAAGGGACCAUAUUGACAAUGAUGUGAUUUUAUCUCCCUCUUCCUAUCAGUUAAAAAGAACUGAUGCUAAAAACAGAAGCUGCUUUGCUUCCAGAAGAACAAAGGAAACCAAUAUUUAAGAGCCCCGAUGUUCAAAGCAGUCGUGUGACAUUUCAGAGGUAAUCCAGCUCAUCUGUUGAUCAAAAUUGGAGAUUUCACCUAACGAUAGGAAGUUUUACAAAGAAUUUCCAUAAGUUGUAAAUUUAAGACCCACUUUUAACCACUUGAAAACAUGUGUGGAAAUCUAAUAAAGAGGACUUAAAUAAAAAGUUUAUAUAAUUUCAUUUAAUGCUGACAUCAUCUUGAUGCCAUCAUAGGUUCUGAGAAGAUGGUGAUGUUUCCAUUUUAUAGGUGAGAAAUCAAACAUGGUUCUUACAUAACUAGGUUAGCAACUACCAAAAUUACUGCUGUAUUGUACCACUUCGACAGAUACUGUGUAUUGUAAAGCAAGUCAUGUUACUUUUUUAAAAUAAAAGAUAUUUAAUUUAAUAUCAGUUGAAAUAAAGAUUUCUCCAAAA